AAAAAUAAAACUAAUAAAUUAUUAAAUAUUAACUAAUUGGAGAGAGAGAAAGAAAAAGAGAGAGAGAGAGUGCGAAAGCAAUAUCUCCUUCUUCUCUUUUAACUCCUUUUUAGCUCUCUCUCUCUCUUUUUUGUUUUUAAUUAUUAUUAUAAUUAUUAUAAAUUUUUCUUUAAUAAAAUUACAAACAUUAAACACUUUUUUUUUCUCUCUGUUUCAUUUGAUCCACCAUUUCUGGAUAUACAAUAAAGCUUUGCUUUUUAUUAUUUGUACUCAAAUAUUAAUUUUGUCUCUUUUCUUUUCUCUCUAUUACAUUACUGAAGAUCCAUUUUCCCGGGAAAAAGCAAAUAUGAGUGGGCUUAGAGCUUUUUCAUCUCCUGAUUUACCAUCUUCACAGAAUCAUGCCGAAAGAUCAGAAGAUCACAGUUUCGAAGGCAUCUCCACAAGCGUUAAGCUUCUGUUAAAACUAGUCCAAGAUCACAACGAGGCCGGCGGGAGCAAAGAUGACCGGAAAACCCAAAGGGUAGCCGGAAUGAUGAGCAUAUUGGAAGACCUGAAGACCCGGAUUCAGAAAUCUCAGAGUUCGGGUCGAAAACCGGAGCUCCGAAGAUGCAAUACGGAUCUGAAACCAAGCAGUAACGCUCCAAGGGAAAAGAAGCCAAAUGAGAUGUUGGUUUGUUCUUCUUGUUCUUCUUCUAUAAACGACGACAAAGAAAAGCUUAAACGACAAUUGAGUAUGAGCUUGGCUGCUAGGAAGAGUCUUGAGAUUAUGUGUACAAGUUUGGGUAAAGAGAAAGAGAUUAUGGCUUCUGAGCUUUCUAGGAAAGUUCAAGAAAUUGCUGAGCUUGAAGAGUUGAUAAGUGAUUUAAGAGCACAAAACGACAUGUUGUUAGGGAAAGUGAAAGCUUGUGCUGUUGAACAUAAGGAUAUUAUUAAUAAUAAUAAGAGAUUGUUAUUAUCUGGUGUGGGAGAGUCCAGCCAAGGUGGUAAUAAUAAUGCUGCUUUACAGGAAAGGAACAAGACUCUUUCUGAGCAGCUUUUGAAAUCCCUUGAUGGGUAUAGAUCUAUGAAGAGAAAGCUUAAGGAUUGUCAAGAGGAGAAUGGGAAAAUGGAGAAUGUGAUUGAGAGAAUUGGAGGUGAAGUGAAGAAUGGGGUUGAGAGAGUGAAGAGUUUGAAGGAGAAGAUUAUUAUUGGUAAUAAGAAGAAUAAUAAUAAUAAUAAUAACAAUGAUGAAAGUGUGGAUAUUAUUGAGGAUAUUAAGGCUUUGGAGGGUAUGUUUGAGGAUCUUAAUUUGAAGAUUUCUAAGCAUAGGUACAAGAAAAGUGAGUCUCCUAAGAAGAACAAAAGUGACACCAAAAAAGUCAGUAAGUGUUCUGCUACUGCUGCUGUUUUGGAGUAACUGAGAUUGUAAGUCACUCAAAAUUUACUUGUGGAAUUUAGACAAGAGGGUGGUGUGAUGUGGAUGAAAAUAGAGAAAAGCAAUAAAUAUGAAGAAUAGGUGAUGGGUUCUGGUGGAGAUGUAAAAUGCUAGAGACAUUGCUCUCCUAGAAUAGGAGCCCCCCUAUCUGGUCUGACCACAUUUGGGUCCUCUUUUGUUUUUGUGUAGAUUUUUAGGGUGCUCAACAUUGUACCACUAUCUUUGGAAUUUUGAGAAAAGGCCAAAGAGAAUCAGUUAUGAUGUGUCAAAAAGGAGAAACAUUAACUUUUAGCACGUUGGGUGUUUGUGUGAUUUGAUUUUUUCCAGGUUUUGACAUGACCCCACUUCUUACCCCUGCCCCACACUGUUGUAUAAUUCCAAUUUACUUCUUAUUUAGUAUCCUUUUCUUUGAAAGCAAGAGAUGAUAAUGAAAAGUUUGAGCAA